AUGCAACGAAAAAAAAAUGUUACUUUGAAUCCCACCUCAAUAUUAAUUGAUUUUGAACAAUCUGCUAUUAAUGCAAUAAAUCAAGUAUUUCCAAGAACAGUUGUUAAAUGUUGCCAUUUUCAUUUUGCCAAAAAUAUUUGGAAGAAAGUGAAGAAGUAUGGUCUUACAAAAUUAUCUAAAGAACAAAAUAUUAGAAGACAAAUAGCCAACAUUAUUAGUUUACCUUUGGUGCCAACAAACGAAAUUAAUAACUUCAUGGAGCGUAUAAUUGAUGUAUUAUCUAAUAUUGAUUCGAAGUUUGAUAAAUUAACAGAUUAUGUAUUAAACACUUAUGUUGAAGAUGGUCGUUUUUCAUCUGUUUUAUGGAAUCAUUUUGAUUCCAUUGGUGAAAGAUCACGGACCAACAAUCAUCUUGAAGGCUGGGACAGACAGUUAAAUGCACGUAUUCGAGUACAUCCAGAUCUCUGGACAUGGUUCAACGAAAUUAAAUCGUCUAAAGAAUCAGUAAUGAUUCGUCACGAGCAAGAACAAGCUCAACAGCGUACAACAAGACCCAGAAAGGCAAUAGAUAUUCGCGACGAUGCAAAACUUAAAGCAGCAAAAUUAAAAUCUUUGCAAGAUCAAGAUUUUGAGUCAUAUGGAAAGGUAUUACGCAGCAUUUGUCAUCGCUACAUUGAUGUUCUAAUUCAUUCGAAAGAUAGUAGUGAUGAGGAGUAA